AUGGCCCUCAGGAAGAAGCUAUCCUUGGGGAAGAUGCCUCAUGCUCACUCUCGUGGCGACGGGCCAACCCCCCGAGUGAAGGAUGAACAAGCCAAUUUUUCCCGUGACAGGUGCUUCUUCGACGAGGAACAGAUGCAAUUUGCUUUACAAGCCACCAAUGACCAUAUCCGCCGACGAAUUGCCAGGCUACAAGCCAGUUCCACCCGCCUGAAAAGAGAACUCCUUCUACUGCAACGCCACGUCAAGGAGUUCAACCAUCCCUUGUUCGAGACCUGGGAGGCCGAUAUUCUGACACGGCUCGUUGAGAUCGCUCAUGCACACCAGAGCCGCAAGAUGGCUAGUGGCGUCGCGAUUGGCGAGGAUACAACAGCUGAGCGUGAGACCCUCUCGCGAGCCUAUAUCAUCGCUGCGAAACGCAUUCGCGAAGGGACUUUGCAGAAGCUUGGUCUGAGUGAUCGAUAUCAUCAGGCACUACAGCGAUACGAUGAAGUUGCGGCUUAUCGGAGUCCUAAUCCAUUCCAGACCGAGGUUCCUUUCGCCAGAUGGUUGCUUGACAUACAGGAGGACCGACCCGAAAAAUUCUCUUUCUGGUCGCAGCUCUAUCCUGUUUGCUAUGGAAGAAGUGUGGAUCAGAGCGCUACGAUCUUCUAA